UAGUAAUUGUGUUAGAGAGUAAGCCCUACCUUGGACAUGGAUUGGUCUUUUCAGACAUAAAUUUUAAUCUAGAUUAUUCCAAUUAGAAACAGAUAUUUGACUUACUGGGAUAUGAUACCUUUAUACAUUUAGACUGUAAAAGAAUUUGCUAUAGUAUAAUACAUAUUUAAAAUGGGAUAAUCAAAUUAGCUGCAUACAAUGUUCAUGUAAAGUGAGCUUGUUUGGAAUUGAUAGGUUGCCUUUGAUCUGGAUUUGAACUCGACAAAUGAUCCUAACACCCCCAUUCCUACAAAUGCCAGGAUAGCUCUGGAAGGCCUUGUUCAAAGUUUCCGAAAGCCUUUCAUGCGGUUCCAGCCCUCCACCUAUGGUUAUCAAUCUAAAUGCAGAGAGGCUGUACGCUUCCUGAGGGAGGUGGCCCAAGGAGUGAUCGAGAAAAGACAAGAGGAGAGCAAGACAGGGGAGGACCAACAUAAUGAUAUGCUGUCGCGCAUUCUUCUGUUACCUCAGAAGGACAGCCGCACUACCAUGGAGGAUAUGAUAGAUCAUUUCAUCUCAUUUGUCGUUGGCGGUGAGGAAACUGACUCCACCCACUUGACUUACCUUCUCACUGCCAUAACCUCCCAUCCAGAGGUGGAGAAAAGGAUUGUGGCUGAAAUUGACGAAGUUCUUGGCAGCAGGUGCGCAGUGAAAUACGAAGACCUCGCUAAGCUUACAUACCUUGAACAGGCAAGCAAGGAGGCUCUGCGCUUGCAUCCACCACAGCCAGCGGUCACACGCAUGGCAAAUGAAAAUAUCACCCUGGGCGGCUACCACAUUCCCGCCAAAACCAGCAUCAUGGUGAACGUGCACGUGCUACAUCACCAUAUAAAGUACUGGGACGACCCAGAGAAGUUCGACCCAGAUCGCUUUGCACCGUCCAAUCAUGAAGAGGUUGAGCACUACGCGUACAUUCCAUUCUCUCUCGGUCGUCAUACUUGUAUUGGGAUGCACUUCGCUCAGAUUCAGGCCAAAAUGCUGCUGGCUCGACUGUUUCAGACCUUCAAACUGGAGCUACUUCCAGGUCAAGACCUGAAAGAAGUAGAGCACAUGACACUGAGGCCGAAGAAUGGGACGAGGUGUACACUAACGCUCAGAUGAACAAGCGUUUAUCUCAUAACCGGUUAUAACUGCAUGUAAAAACUGGUCAAAACUAUGCCUAAUUGUUUUCAACAGCAACAACAUCUUUUAUGUAGUGGUUUUCAAUUGAGUGUCCUAAAACCAAAACCAAAGUAAUAACGCUGGCCAAUCACUAAGGACACAGACUAUCCAAUGAACUAAUCAAAACUCGAAGUAAUUUUAUGAAGCAUAGCGCGGGAAAACGUGUACGGAACAAUUUACGAUUGGUUUUGGUUUUUCUUCUGAUUGCAUGAAAAAGUGGCGAGAGUUUUUUUUUAAGCGAAUCGUGUAGAUGAUUACCUUUCGACACUCAAAUGAAAACCGCUCUAUACUUGAUAUGGGUGAAAGCAAAGACUUGCAUGCCAAACUAAUUACAAAACAUGUAAUUCGCGGCUUAUCACGCUAACUAGUCAAAAGGACAUUUUUCAGUUUUUAACAACGCAAUAUUACUCACAAGGCGAAAUAAUUUAAUUGCUAAUUUUGUUGAGGUUAUUUAAAAAUCCCACCUUAAAGAGGAAGGGGGAAAAUGAAAUUGUUUCUGGUACUUGUUGAAAGGAAUCAUAUUGCAAUUAUUUACUUUAUAUUAUAUUACUAUUAUAUUUAAUACUAAGUCAAAUUAUCCUCGCAUUUUGAUUGGUUCUUACUUAUGGUCAAUCGGAGGACAGAUGCAUAGAUGACGUCAUUAACACCAAUCUAUCGCCUUGUGUGCCACUUUUUUUGCCGUUAUCACAUUUUGACGUCAUCUGUGAUCAAUUACUGGACGUACGCACGGCAACAUGGAGUCUAUUUAUUAAAGACACUUCAAAUCGAUGUGCAAGUGCGUCAUAUUGAGAAUAACUUUUAUUCUUAAUUAUUCUCGGAUUCAGACCCACAUUGUUGUUGACGUAUUCCAGUAUUUAUCGAGCUAUUUACUGCGUGGUGAAGCUAGAGAACAUGAGCUACCAUGUAAAACAUGGAUCAGUCCUGUUACAAUGCCGAAGAUGUCAGCUAAAGUUUACAAUACUUCCGAUUAUUUGCUUUCAAAGGUUGUCAGAGGAGCUAACGUUAAUAUAUCGAUCUCCACUCAAGUAAAAUGGGGUUCAAAAAUGCCACACUUGCUUUGAAAGGCGCAAAUAAGUUUGCAAAAAGGGCAACUGAUCUUUAUAAAGAUUUUGAAUCAAUAAAAGUGACUCAUUCUGC